AUGGCGUUGAGUUGCGGUAGGGUAGGAUUGCUUCUGGUUAUGAUGACUUAUGUGGUCACAUGUGAUCGUGAUCUCCGUUUGGCAAGAAUGGUGAAAAUCGACGUUUCCAAAGUGAAUCAGAAACAAAAUAACGACACAACAACUGUAAGCCCAGGGAAUCAAACCGAGGAGGUUACAACGACGGGAACAUCUCAGUCUACAUUAGCUGUGAGCCCAAAGGAGGAAAACGUAACUACACCUUCGCCGACGACAACUACGAUGAUGACCACAACAACUGGAAGCCAGCUUACGACUACCACCGAAAUAUCAUCGUUUGAACCGCCAAAAGAAGGGCGUCUCAUCAAAAAAGUUCCAUCGGGGUAUUACUGUAAAUGUGACCUGAAGAUAAAUAUCUGCGAUGUGAACUGCUGCUGUGAUAUCGAUUGCAGCGAUAAAAUUCUAAGAACAUUUGCUUGCAAUGAGGAACAGUUAGAUAUAGAUGAGUACCUUCACCAGGAUGGCUUACAAUCAUGUGAGGUCCAAGGAGGAUUGUUUUGUUUGGUUGGUGAAAGAACCAACGCCAAGGAUGGAGCAACGUUCUACGACCCAAAUCUCAAAGACAUCGCAUUCAAACGAAGAUGGAACGACAUAUUUCCUGUCGAUACCUACCCAAAAGAUAGAACGACCUCAUUCUAUCGUGUGAACGACAUUAUCAAAUUGUACAACGAAACCAGUGAGAAGGUUGAAACCGUUAAUCUUCCCCGGUCCCUCACCAACUCCGAAUGCCAGAUUAUGCAACCAAUUCGCUUCCUCCAGGACCAAAUCAACGAGUGCCAGCGUGCCUCCUUGGACGAGCUGGAAACCUUCAUUACCGCAUUUAUUGAACAGCAAUCAAACUCGCGUUAUCUUAGACUGCCCAAAACGGAUAUCAUGGAGCACUGUUUGGAAGAUGAUUGCUUCAAUAGCACAAUACAAUUCUGCAACCUUACCGGACUUGACUGUCGGAAAACUAACAAAUCUGAAGGCGUGGAUGACGAUUCCGACGAGGAAACUUGGUACUGCCCAGAAAUCAGGUUGGAAUUUCAUCACAAUUACACCCAUCUGGAGGGGUUGAUCAUUAAAUUUCUCUGUGGCCAGUUGCAAUUCAUUGAAAUGGGGGGAGAUAAGAUUUGGACAAAAUUAGAUGUUAAAUUUGCUCGACCAAACGAGGACAAAUACUCACGACGCCUCAGCGGUAAUUUGGGUUAUCUCAAAGGAAAACCGUUGAUCGUGUCAAACCUGCAAAUUCCAGAGAACGACACAGUCGAAACCAAACGAAGCGCAAAGUACAUGUUGAGUUACUUCACCAACGGGACGAGACUUCCAGAUGAAUCGUUUCGCAUGAGCCUACCUAAGAGUAAACAAAACAAAUGCGUGAUGGAUGAUCGAAGUUUGAUUCUCUUUGGGGAGAACUCAUGGAACAGGUGUAACUUUCAUCCACAACUAAAUGUGACAAUCGAGUCCAACUUUACGGAAGUCUGCAACGUACUGCAAACGGAAAUCAAUGACAUCAUUCUUCCCGGCAUUCGUCCACAAUUACAAGAAGGUAACUUCGAGUUGGUCAACUGGUUCGCAUCAAUAUACGGCAAUCCGGUCAACCGAAGCUCGGAUUGGAUCCAAUUUCGAACGGUGAACGUCAUCAACGAGAAUGUGAGUGGUGUUUUGUCUUCGGACAAGACGGAUUUCAACUGCAACAACAUGCUGAUCAACGUACGGUACCAGUUCUUCCACGCGCAUACGACGGUACGAAAUGUACCGCGGCAGCAUGUGUUACGGGAAGCGGAAAUAGUGUUCGGACCAAGGGUGAAUUUGCAGUUUGCUUUAGACGAGGAUAUUCGGGUGCCAGUUUUUGUGCAGGUGCAGUUCUUCGACUUGACAUCCAGUGCAGUAAGCUUCAGAUCAAGGUUGGCUUCAUUCAGUUGGAAAAUAUUGUUAGUCGGAUCAAUUCUAGUCGUUAAGUGUAAAAGUCGUUAGGAUAAGCAAAACAUGGAAAUAAAAUAUGUAAUGAGAUGUCACUGACCUUCGAAAUAAGAUGGUAAAUCUAUAUGAGCUAG